GUGUUACUGCUGCCCAUAGCACUGCCAGGCAUCCCUAAAAGAGGAGGUGCAUUAAACUUGGGAGAAAGCGAGCAACUGGAGAGAAAAGAUAGCCUCAGUGUGGUGUGUAUCAGUGUUUGCCUUAUCCCCCCCGUUCAGCAAGCAGAGUGAGGAUCCGAUGCCAGGUCUGGAGCUCAUCUGAAAUGCAUUAAACCCUGGAGAAGAACGAUCCUCUGUAAUCUGCGUUGGCGCUCCGCUGAGGGUUCCUAUUUGCUGUCAGAGGUACACCCAUGCAUGUAGCAGCAGCUCCUCCAAGAGACUGACUGUUUUUGUCUCCUCAAGUCAAAAUAUUUUCCGAGCUCCAGAGGGCAAGACUGGAGGGAGGGAGAGAUCGAGGUGCUUGAAGAAGUCUUCAUAAGAACGUGGGGUAAACAUUAUCAGUGCGGCAACUGUAUUCAAAGGGGAAGACCCAAGACUUCAAACGUAACAUCAGCCGUAUCGUUUCCCUCGACGUGUGCAGAGGAGGCUUCAAGGACAAGAGAGCAACGUUCACAUAAAUACAGGAAACAUCUGAAAGCUUUCCAAGGUUCAGCAACAGGAAAGACGGCUCCAAACAACAGACACUGAUUUUUAUAAGAAGCUCCCUAUCUUGUUGUUAGUGGAUCAAAAUGUCUCGUUGGGGGCGAAAAAAUGUGAAAAAGGCACCUGAGGUGAUCCGCACUGUGACAGAAGGGCUCAAGUCCCUGUAUCGUAAGAAGCUGCUGCCCCUGGAGCAGUUCUAUGGUUUCCACGACUUUCACUCUCCCAGUCUGGAGGAUGCAGACUUCGAUAACAAGCCCAUGGUGCUGGUGGUGGGACAAUACUCCACUGGAAAGACAACUUUCAUCAAGUAUCUGCUGGAGCAGGAGAUUCCUGGGAGCAGGAUAGGACCUGAACCCACCACCGACUGCUUCACUGCCAUCAUGCAUGGGGAGGUGGAGGGAGUAAUCCCCGGGAACGCCCUUAUUGUAGACCCCAACAAGCCGUUCCGCAAACUCAACCCUUUUGGAAACACCUUCCUCAACAGGUUCCAGUGUGCUCAGAUGCCCAACCAGGUCCUGGAGAGUAUCAGCAUUAUCGACACACCGGGAAUCCUGUCCGGUGCGAAGCAGAGGGUGAGCCGAGGUGAGAGAAGUAACAAAGGCUACGACUUCCCAGCUGUGCUGCGCUGGUUUGCAGAGCGCGUGGACCGCAUCAUCCUGCUGUUUGAUGCCCACAAACUGGAGAUAUCAGACGAGUUCUCCGAGGCCAUUGGUGCCCUGAAAGGCAAUGAGGACAAGCUGCGGGUGGUGCUCAACAAGGCCGACAUGGUGGGCACCCAGCAGCUGAUGCGGGUGUACGGUGCACUCAUGUGGUCCCUGGGGAAAGUGUUUAACACCCCGGAGGUUCUGCGUGUCUACAUUGGCUCCUUCUGGUCGGAGCCGCUGAUGGUCGCAGACAACCGUAAGCUGUUUGAGCUGGAGGAGGAGGAUCUGUUCGCUGACAUCCAAAACCUUCCCCGCAAUGCAGCUUUACGCAAACUCAACGACCUGGUGAAGAGGGCGCGUCUCGUCAGGGUCCAUGCCCACAUCAUCAGCUACCUGAAGCAGGAGAUGCCUUCCAUGUUCAGGAAGGACAAUAAAAAGAAGAAUCUGAUCUACCAGCUGCCGGUUAUUUUCUCUAAGAUCCAGCUGCAGCACAACAUUUCUGCUGGAGACUUCCCAGAUUGUGCCAAGAUGCAGGAGCAACUGAUGGUCCAUGAUUUCACCAAGUUCAAAACCUUGAAGCCUCAUCUGAUGACAGCCCUGGAUGAGCUGCUCUCCGCUGACAUUGCCAAGCUGAUGCCCCUCCUGCGGCAGGAGGAGCUGGAGGCAGGUGAUCAACCAGGUGUGCAGGGUGGAGCCUUCCUUGGGACGCGUGCCGGACCCUUCAACGAGGGUGACCCCUUUGCCGAGGAGAACGGAGAGGGAUGCGAGGAGGAGGAGGAUUGGGUGGUGACCAAAGACAAGCCCAAAUAUGACGAAAUCUUCUAUAACCUCGCUCCCAAUGAGGGGAAACUGAGCGGCACAAAGGCGAAGGACUGGAUGGUGAGCUCGCGCCUGCCCAACUCGGUGCUGGGCCGCAUCUGGAAGCUGUCGGAUCUGGACCAUGACGGCAUGCUGGAUGAUGAAGAGUUUGCCUUGGCCAGCCACUUGAUUGAGGUCAAGCUGGAGGGUCAUGGUCUUCCUCCUGAGCUUCCUGCACGUCUGAUCCCGCCUUCCAAACGCAGGCAGAAGGGCUCUGAUGCAUAGACUCCCCUGGUGCUGAGAGAGACUCUCCUCUAUUAAACGUAUGCUACUGUUUGCAUUUGCUCUUGUUUUCCCUCCAGACCCCUGUCAAAGCGUUGUUGAUUUUAAUCCCGCACAAUUGAAUAUACUGUUUUAAAGUCAGUCGUUUAGACUUUAUAAGGCUUACUGCCAAAGAUUGUGUAUUUAAAAAAAAAAGUCACACGGGUCUGGUCGCUAGCUUCCCUUUGGCUUCUCAAAUUUAGCUUUCUAUGACAAGCGUCAAAAAUAUAUCUACCUGUGUUUGCUGAGCAGAAAGAAAUAAAGACUGGCAAGCAGUAUUCAGCAUGUAUUUCCAAAAUGCAUCUGUAUUAAAUUCUCUAAUUUCAACAUUCCCUCAGUGCAGAGUAUUAUCUAGGUGAUAAAUUUAAAGUCUAGUCAGUACAAUGAGGGUUGUCAUCUACACUUUUAUUUACAGACUUGUAUUGCUCUUUUUUUUCCUUUAUUGCAUUUUAAACUCAAACUGGCAGCACAGCUCUAAUAACCUGAAUGCAUUUCACUUCACACUUUUACACGACACAACUGUUCAUACACUUAUAUAUAUAUAUAUUUUUUUUUUUUGUAACUGUUUCUGUUGUUUUGUCUGAGCAGGAGCAAGACAUCAGCCUUAUAAAAGAACAAGAUACUGGGAUGAACUUCUCAACUAGACUGAAUGAUUGAUAUAUUACUGACUACUGUACACGGUUCCACCAACUGUAUGUUAACUAUUAUCAUAACCAAAUAAAAAUCUCCUGACUGUGA